AUGGUAUGUCCGCGCACUUCGGCCGCUGAUAGAGUCCCUUGCGUUCUUUCACUCAUUGGACAUUCAGACGCACUUUCUUACAUCGAUGUUACGAAAGACGUGGCUCGCGCCUCCACCGGCAUUGUGCACUCUCUAGAUCAACCAAACGAGUCGUGGUCUAAAGGCGGCACACCAGAUCAUACACAUGAAGGCCGAGAGCAAGCGCAAGGAGUUCCUUUCAAUUUUAACCAAGCAGCACCCGAUGAACCAGUGGAUUCUCCGAUCCAUGAUUCGGACGACCAAACAAUGGAAGACCAGCAGCCCGGCUAUGAGGGGCAGUCUCUGCCCAGAGGCAUGGGAGGAGAUCUGGUUGACGAAAUCACAGUAUCAUCGAGUUCGAUGCAAACCCGGCCUGUCGAACAGGCUCACACCCCAUCGAUUGUCUCAAACAAUGAGCAGUCCCUCUCAGCUAGGUCUCAAGCUCAACUACAGAGUCCGGCAUUGACGACGCAUAGUCUCACCUCAGGUGGGCAAUCCAUUCUCGACGCACCACAUCCAUCUUACGCUUUCCCCUCACCGUAUUAUGCUUCCCCAGAUGCUUUACACGGUCUGCCAGAGAAAGCAACCCAUCAAGCAUACACAAAUCUUCAGGAGGCUUGCCUGGUCAAACAUUUUAUCAGCAAGUUGGCACAUGCGUUCGAAACAACAGACCGGGACCGCCAUUUCUCCCUCGUGAUCCCUCAACGUGCCAUGUUCUGCCCAGUGCUUUUAUAUGCCAUACUAACUGCGUCAGCACGUCACUUGACUCGGUUGCAUUCUGCACACAGUGACAAGCCAGUCGAAUUUGAAGGUACCCCUCUGCCCGACCUCAACGAAAAUUCGGCAAUAGAAUAUCACAACAUCUGCAUUUCUUAUUUGAUGGAGGUAUUGAAUGAUCCGAAGACGAUCAACCAGGAUGCUCUGAUUGCUGCAACAAUCCUCAGAUUCCACGAACAAAUCGAUAGUGAGUCCCCCCCCUUUAGUAUCGGCCCACCCAAGUCGAAUGUUCUAUUGAUGCACGGCAGCUUGGAUCAUGUCUCAGUAGAAGUUAACAAAAUGGCAUUUGCAGCUCCAUUAACCGGCUGGGAUCCGGAGACAUAUUUAAGCGUCCUCCGAGGAGUCAUCGAGUCGCAGCAGAACGAAUCCUUUUAUUCCCUGCGCACUAUUCACGGCCCGCCCAGAGACUGUGAUAUAUACGCCUCGAACAAUGCGUCGCUGGCUCAUUCUGCCUGCUUGAUUGCUCUUCGCCAGGAGAUCUGGUCUGUUUUGCUCUACCGUAGACCAUUCCGCCUCCCACUCUGCCCAGACAACGACUACUCAAAUCUGGACCCAGCAGCGGACGAUUAUACAUGGACAAACCGAAUUUUGAUCUGGUGCGCCGAUGUUUGCAAAUUCGCGUUUGGCGGGGAAGCUGGCAUUAUCGAGACAGGUAGCCGCGUUGAAAGGUGGAAGCGUCUCAAAGUUGUGCAAGACAAGUGGGAUUCGGUGCAGCCAGCGUGCUUCAAGCCUCUUUACUACCGAGAAGCUGAGCCCGCGAGGGGCAAGUAUUUCCCAGAGGAGUGGCACAUGAACGACUGCCAGGUGCUAGCACUCCAGCACUUCGAAUUGGCGCGAAUGGUGCUUGCCGCGUAUGAUCCGGACCUCCAAAGAAUAGGACUGGGCGCCAGCUCAUCUAUUCUUACCCUCGAAGCCCAACUGAGACGCUCCACAAUGCGGCUUUGCGGAUUGGCUCUCGCGAAUUUGAAUGAUCAACCGGGCAUGGUCACAGCCGCUGUCGGAAUAUCCAUGUGCGGUGAAUAUAUCCGCGAUCCUGGGGAGCAAGGUGCAAUUAAAGGAUUUCUCAACACUCUCGAGCGUGAGCACGCUUGGCCAACCCAAAGUGUCAGGCAUGCAUUGCGAGAUGCGUGGGAGGCGACACGCAAGCAGUCUGCAGCAUUUUCAGUCUCAACAACGUGA